CCAUGGUAUUCAUUUAUGUAAAUCUGGUCACACUAAGCAUCUUUCUUGUGGGAAGACAAUAGCGUUCAAUGGUAUUUUUAUUGAAGCAAAUUUUAUUACAACGGACUUGAUCACUACAGACAUAAAAUCAGGUUCAGGCGAUAGCGGAGGACCUGUAUUUUAUUUUUCGAAAGAGUUGAACUCAGUGAAUUUAGUUGGCAUACACGCUGCAAGUGAUAAAAGUGGAAAUACUAAGGCGGCUUAUACUCAACCAAUAGAAUUCAUUUUCAAGAACAGUCCAUUUGAAAUACAUCUUGUUAAUAUAACUAAUCAAUAA